AUGAGUAGAGCUGAAUUGAAAUUUGCAAGAAUACGAUUUUAUUCUCAAAUUUAUUUAAAACAAAAUAAUCAAAAAGGUGUAUUCAAACCUACUAAAACACAACAACUUAAUAAGAUUUAUGAUAAAAUUUCAUGUCGUGUCAUUAAGAUUAUAAGCAUUCAUUCACGUGUUUUGCUCUUUCCAUGCAUUAAUAUGAUUAAGUCCGCCUUUGGCGUUAUUAGUGGACAGUUUGAAACGCAAUUCAUACAUUCUGUGCAUGAGGAUAAAUUAAAUAGCCCUUUCCUGUCACAAGAAUAUAGAGGGUUUUGCUUUUUUGUGACAAGGUGGUUUUAUUCUGAGACUGAAUAUUUUGAUUUAAAAUUCGCAGAAAAACGAAGACCACAUGAGAGAUCAAUGGUAGAAACAUCCAAUAAACAUGCUUUAAGUCCGGUAUCCAAAAUUGGAAGUGUUCGUAAAUAUCCAACUCAGCGAUCUAAAGCUAAUUUCACAUCUUUAUUUUGUGACAAAGAUUGA